AUGAUUGCACCUCACUUCUCCUUCUCCCUUCCCUUCUGCACCCCACCUCUCCUUCCUGUGCAACUUCAUCAGCCUGCUGACGUCACUGGAGCUAGACUCGCCACUGGAGCGCGAAUCCCUCAACUUCAACGACCCUCCGCCUCCCCCAGUAGACGCCUUCCCUGCAAUGCGCUCGCUCACCCUCCUCUACCAGCCCUCGCACUACCGCUUCAUCGCCCGCUGCUCCUCCCUCACCUCCCUCACCCUCUGGCGACCCAACGCCUCCGCCCUCUUCUCCCUCGCCUCCUCCUCCGCCCCUCUCCGCCUCUCCCUCGCCUCCCUCACCAUCCAUUCCGCGUGGCUCGAAGCCGCACUCUCGCCGCUCGCCUCCUUCCCGCGCCUCGCCUCCCUCACCUUCCACAGCUGAAGCAUCGAUGCCUGCGAGUUGCACGCGCUCUCUCGCUCCCUCCACACCCUCACCCACCUCGCCCUUCUCGACUGCCCCUUAGUGCACACCCACUCCCUCACGACGCCCGCUCGAACCAACCCGGCUCUCUCCUCGCUCUCCUUCCAUACCACCCUUUACCGCCUCUUCAGUGCGCAAAGCCUCCAAGAUCUACUCUGCUCUUCCUCCUCCCGCCUGCACACUCUUGGACGGGCACUAGAAGGCGGCGGUAUGUGGACGUGCGCUCAGAGAUGGCAGCAGCACGCGCGGACAUGGUGGCAGCAUGCGACGACUUCAAGGCGCUCAGGAGGACGGCUGAGUGGAAGCUCAAGAAAGCUCACGCGGCAGCCACCAAGGCCCGGCGCACGCACGGCGAGUUUGCCCUGGCGAGCAUCCAGCAUGCCGUCGUGCUGGUCCGUGCCGCCAUGUCUCUCUGCCGGUGCGUGCAGGUGGCAUUGCGGGAAGCGAACGCGCGGAUCAGGUGGCACGAGGCGCUGGUAGAUGCCUGUGCUGCUGCCAAGGCUGAAGGGUUCUUCACUGCAGCUCUAGACGAAGCGGAGGAGGAAGGAGAGAGGGACGGGGAGAGGGAUGGAGGAGAAAGUGAGGUAGAAGAGCUGGUGGGAUUUAUCCCUGAAAACAACCUGCCGGCUGAUCUGGCGGACGUCAGUGAGACCCUGCUGGGGGAGGAGACCGGCAGGUGGCCGGCGUUUGUGGCGGUGUCGCAAGAAGAGGCGCGCGCGCUGCUGCACGCACUGAUGGAGCAGCUGGUGGUGCAGAUGGCCGCCAUGGCCCGUUGA